GGCUGCUGCAUCAAGAGAUGCCCUUCAUCAAGUGAUGAUCAACGAGGAAGGGGAAAGGGGUAGAAAGAGAGAAGGAACGAGGACAGAGGGCACAGGGGGUUAGAGGAAGGAGAUCGGCUGAAGGCUGUUGUUCAGGAAGGAGCUUCUGUCGCGUGGCGUCGACCCGACUCUCUGGACCCUCAAGAUUGUCGGUGAGGAGGAGGAGCGAAGAAGAAGCCUUGACUUGACUCUUCCUUCAAGGAAACCUCUCCCCGCAGACCUGCUCCCCAGACCUGUGCGCAGGCAAUUUCUGCAAAAUUUCCGAGACGGGGUUGAAAGUGCGUGAGCCGCUGCCGAUGCCGCUGCUGCUCAUCUGCAUGCAGAUCCAGUUUGCGGGGUACGUGGAGCACGUGGAGGAGGACAUCGACUCGAGGUGGCUCGCGUAUCCUCCAGCUCGAGUGAUCGUCUCUUCAGUGUCGCGCUCCUCUCUCCGCGGCUCGCCGGGCUGGGUCUCUCCACCAAGGUGAUGCUCGGGUUGGAGCGGGGGCUGCCCAUCGUCACCACACCCCACGGAGCGACAGGGUACAACGUCACGCAGCAGGGUGGAGCACAGGUGGCUUCCUCGCGCACGAGGAGGAGACUGACGCUGCAGGGAAGGGGAUGCUGCUUGCCUCAGCCACAGAGCACGCGGAGUUUGCUCGGCAUGUCGUGACGCUCAUGACCAACGCUUCUCUCUGGCGUCAGGUUGCAGCAUCAGGUCCCAGUAGGCUCGUGAUGCCUUCGCUUCCCAGGUCUCCUCCAACGCUAUCUCCCACGUUCUCUCGCAAUUCUCUCAGCUGCAGCUCAAGGUAUGUCGUAACGCUGAAAUGAGGCGAUUUCACUUUCGACCUUUUGUCCAUGCAGGAGGAUCUCAGCCAACUGAUGCAGCAAGGUGCUCCUCCCCUGCUCCUGAGGUGUCGCCUGAGCUCCUUGCAGCUUCCUCGUACCGCCAGUCACGCAUCUGACCUGUCCUCCGCCGCCUUGAAUAGUGCGAGAUCGGCCUCACUCUUCGCGUAUCGCUUCCUGCUUUUUGCAGCCUGCUCCUCGCUUG